UAGGGACCUUUGAUAUUUUCUUUAUAAAGUCAAAGACAGAAAUAUAGAGAGAAGCAAUCAGAAGUGAUGAGUUCAAGUUCUCUUGAAGCUUCUACUCAAAUGUAUGAAAGAAGUGGCCGAUUUAUAGUUUAAAGGAGGAGGAAGGCAUUGAAGCUAUUGAGACAUGGAAUGUUGGUGAACAAGAGCUUGAAGGGGAUGAAGGUAUGGAUGAAGGAGAGAUUCAAGUUCAACCUGUUUACUAAUUCAAUCUAAGUCUAAGCUCUCAAUUGCCUUAGACAUCAAUUCAACUUGUGCAAAAGUUGCCUUCGUUAUCAUUUCAAAAAGCAUGAACUCUCCGACCCCCCAAUUUGUACCUUCAAGGUUGAGUAUCUAUGAGCCUAUCCACCAAAUUGGCAUAUGGGGAGAAAAUUUUAAGAGAAAUGGCAAUCCAAAUACAUCUACAUCUCUGAUUGUCGAAGUGGAUAAUAAGCUAGAGAAUGAGUCCGAGACUACUUCACAUGAAAUGCUAGCACCUACUAACAACUAUGAGCAAGAGGCAAGUAAACCUAUUGAUAAGAUACAAAGACGUCUAGCACAAAAUCGUGAGGCUGCUCGUAAAAGCCGGUUGCGGAAAAAGGCAUACGUUCAACAGUUAGAAAAUAGUCGUUUAAAGUUAAUUCAGUUGGAGCAAGAGCUUCAACGAGCAACGCAACAGGGUCUUUAUAUGGGUGGUGUGUUAGAAGGAAGUCAUAUUGGAUUCUCUGGAACAGUAAACUCAGGGAUUGCUGCAUUUGAGAUGGAAUACGGACGUUGGGUGGAUGUACAACACAGACAAAUAUGUGAACUGAGGACUGCUUUGAAUGCCCAUAUAAGUGAUAUAGAGCUUCGCAUACUUGUGAAAAGUGGUAUGGGCCACUAUUUUGAACUUUUUCGCAUGAAAUCAACAGUCGCAAAGGCUGAUGUUUUCUAUGUGAUAUCUGGUGUGUGGAAAACAUCAGCAGAGCGAUUUUUCUCGUGGAUUGGAGGGUUUCGCCCUUCAGAACUUCUUAAGGUGUUGGUGCCUCAGCUUGACCCCUUGACAGAACAACAAAUUUUGGAAGUUUGUAACCUGAAACAAUCUUGUCAGCAAGCUGAAGACGCCCUUUCGCAAGGUCUGGAGAAACUCCAGGAAACUGUGUCUUCCACCGUGGCAGGUGGUCCAGUGGCCGAAGUUAGUUACAUUCCUCAAGUGGCCACUGCAAUGGAGAAGUUAGAAGCUUUAGUCAGCUUUGUGAACCAGGCUGAUCACCUUCGGCAGGAAACGCUACAGCAGAUGUCUCGCAUCCUGACAACUCGUCAGGCCGCUCGAGGCUUACUUGCUUUAGGAGAAUACUUCCACCGUCUUCGAGCUUUGAGUACACUAUGGGUUACCCGUCCUCCUGAACCUUCCUUGCCUUAGUGUAUAAGUUCCUACAUGCAUGGUGGUCAAUUUUAAACAUAAGUAGCCUUAAUUUAUGCUGCCAACAUUUUUUCAAGCAGCUAAUUUUAAGAAAACUAAGAUAUCUGAGAUGAUGUGCAUAUGAGUAGUUAUGAUUAAAUCCUAAAGGAGGAUUGUGACUAAAUCAAUUUUCAAUGCACUAUUGUACAUUGUAUAAUAUUCUUAAAAUAAUAUACAUAUAUAUAUAUAUAGGUUCUACAUUUGAGUUAACA